CCCCUGGGCAUGCUGGCUUACGGGACGGUCUUCCUGUGCUCGUCGAUCCUUACCUUGACUGGUGCCGGGGUUGACGACACGUACAACCUCGUAAUGGUGUUCGCCACCUUCUACGGUGGCAUCUCGCAAACUAUCGUUGGCCUCUGGGAGAUGUUCCUUGGAAACACUUUCAGCGCAACUGUGUUCGGCACCUACGGUGGCUUUAACUUCAGCUACGGUGCUCUCUACCUACCACAACUCGGUCUCACCGCCGCAUACACCGUCGAUGGCCAGCUGACGCAAGCAUACUACAACGCUCUUGGCAUUUACAUGGCCAUCUGGGUUACUGAACAUCUCGACAGUCUUAUCACCUUCGUGUUCUUGCUCGGUGCACUCCGCACCACAUUGCCCAUUGUGGGAACGCUCGGCUUUACAGUUUUCGCCCUUGCUUGCCUGUCUGCUAACGCUUUCACUGGUAUCGACCACCUCGCGACCGCUGGUGGUGCCCUCGGCAUUUGUGCAUCUUUCGGCGCAUACUACGGAGCCCUGUCUCUCUUCUGGACGCAACAGACGACCUACUCGUGGGUCCGCCUGAACCCCGUCAUCCUCGCUCCCGUUUAA